UUGAAGGUCAGGACGGGAGGAUGACAGGUCGUCACGUGGAAUGCAGCUGUGUUUGUUGACGUUUUUAGGUAUUUAAUGCUAACAAUAGACAGAUCACGUGCGAGUCACCGCGUGUAGAGAAGAGGAUGAGCAUCAGGCACGUUGUUGUUGCCCUGUCGGGGGGCGUAGACAGCAGUGUUGCGGCGCUGCUGCUCAAGAGGAAAGGAUACCAGGUGACAGGUGUGUUCAUGAGGAACUGGGACACGGUAAAUGAGCUGGGGGUGUGCCAGGCAGACAGGGACUGUGAAGAUGCAGAAUUUGUCUGCAGGAGGCUGGACAUCCCCUUCCAUCAGGUCAACCUGGUCAAGGACUACUGGAACGACGUCUUCAGUGAAAUGCUGAAGGAGUAUCAACACGGCUGGACCCCAAAUCCAGACAUCUUGUGCAAUAAGAGGAUCAAGUUUAGGACAUUCUUUAAUUAUGUGAUGGACAAAUUUGAGGCAGAUGCCCUGGCCACAGGCCACUAUGCCAGGACUAGCAUCCACGGGAACAUCUGCACAGAGAACGUCCUGUCAUCCAUGAACAUUAUACCACGGAGUCACACAGAGAAUGUGAAACUGUUACAAGCUCUGGACAGCUGGAAGGACCAGACAUUUUUCCUGUCCCAGAUCCCCCAGCAGGCCUUGCGACGGGCGCUCUUCCCGCUGGGUGAACUGACCAAACCUGUGGUGAAACAGAUGGCUCAGGACGCUGGGUUCACUCAUAUCGCCAAGAAAAAAGAGAGCAUGGGUGUCUGCUUCAUUGGCGAGAGGAAUUUUCCUAACUUUUUACAAGAGUAUAUAGACACAAAACCAGGCCAGUUUGUGUCAGUGUUGGAUGGAAAGGUUUUAGGAGAACAUAAGGGAGCCUCUUUGUACACCAUAGGUCAGCGGGCAGGCCUGGGGGGAAUGAAGGAGCCAUGGUUUGUUGUGGACAGGGACACCAGCAACAACAACAUCUUUGUGUGCCCUACUACAGACCACCCAGCCCUGUACAGACAACUGAUAAUGACGGAGCCCGUACACUGGAUAGCUGACCCUCCACGCAGGCUGUAUGAGGAUCAGAUGUACGACUGUCUCUUCAGAUUCCAACAUCAGAUGCCUUUAGUUAAAUGCACCUUGACUUUGAGUGGCAACAACCAGGUGUGGGUAUCAUUGGCUGAACCAAUCAGAGCGUUGACACCGGGGCAGUAUGCAGUUUUCUACAAAGGUGAUGAGUGUCUGGGAGGAGGGAAGAUCAUCAAACUUGGGCCGACAUUAUUUGACCUGCAGGGAAGAAGAACCAUUAGAAUAGAGGAGAUAGAGAAGAGACCAGAGAAAUAGUACAAGUACCAUCUUUGGACAGAGACUUUGUAGAUAUCUUAUUUUAGUACCAACAGUAUAUUGUUCUAUAUGCUGCACCCUACCAAGGUAACAGCUACACAAUACAAUUUCCAGGUCGAAGUGCCAUUCAGGCAGUGAAAAUGUAACACACUGUAUAAGCGUAAGAGAUAGGGGAAUUCUUUUUACACAACCAAAGAGUCGAAA